AUAAGCUCUGAAGCACAGACUGCGGAAGUAACACACAGUUCCUUAUUUCUGUCAAAACUGCAGCAAUCGCUUCGUGUCGGUCGCCAGCAUGACUUGUUAAUUUUUUUCUUUCAGCAGCGAGCCGAUGCGAGUUUUGAUGGACUCGCGCGCGCGUCUGUGAGGUGAUUUAAUGCGUGCGCGCGACAAAUACUCAAUGCUUUCACUUUAUAUGUGAAACAAACGGCGUUAAUGCAUUAGGGGACACGUGCUUCCUGCUUUGCUGGACUCAGGAGAGGCGCAGAGGCAACUGUCUUCGUUGAGUGUCAGAGAGCUGUCAUGGACCCAGUCCGAGCUCAGGACGCAUCGGAAGCAAAGAGCUCCAUGUCGCACUACAGGGAACAUGGUGAUGAGUCUUUUGACAUGAAGCAGGCUGACAAAGGUGCAGCCCCCACUCAGGAUGACAAGAGGCCGAUCAGACGAGUCAGGAGUCCCUCCAGACCCCGGGCAUGGUUGUCACAUUCUUAUAAACCAAAGCUUGCCCAACAUUUUUACAAGUCUCGUUUUCCCAGGGAUGACCGUCCGGGUUACAAACCCGGCUUCCAGAGGUACCCACGCGCCUUCUACCACAGAGCUUACUUCCAUAAAAGAGAUCACUUUCUGCCGAAACCUCACUACAUGGCACCGCUGAGAAAGAAAAACUGGGAUCGAGAGAAUGAGAAGGAGCGGUACGAGCCCAGAGAGAAAGACUGGGAUCGAGAGAAGGAGAAGGAGCGGUACGAGCCCAGAGAGAAGGACUGGGACCGAGAGAAGGAGGAGUGGUACGAGCAGAAAGACAAAGACUGGGAUCGACAGAAGGAGGAGUGGUACGAGCCGAAGGAGAGCAUCAAUGAAGGUUCAUCCCUAAAACUAAACAGUACUCCUCAGUCCUUCUCAUCCAGAUCCAGCAGCAGCAGAGACAAGGACAUGCAGUUCACUGCUGGUCAGAUUGACAGGAACCAAAGCAGAGAGAGAGAUCACAGGAGGAGCAAAAGCAAAGACGGAGAACGCAGCAGAGACAGGGAGCCCCCUUCAACUGUCAGCCAGACGGCAGCACGAGACAGAGCCAUCCAGCAGAAGAGGAGGGAGAUAGAUGAGGUGUACUACCAGGAAUGUGAAAUGUUUGGAGUGGUGACAAAGAUGCUGAUUGCGAAGGACCCUUCACUGGAACAGUCCAUCCAGUCGUCGCUGCAGGAGAACCUCAAGGACAUUGGCGAGCGCUGCGUGGACGCCAUGAAGAAGUUUAUUGAAGAUUAUGACUCCAGGGGAUUAUCACACUAAUCUCACCCUGAGCCAUAACUAGUGUGCUUGCUUUUUUCUGCUGUUUUAAUUCUUCAGAGACUUAUUUGAUAUAAUUGAAAUCUGAUGUGGAAUUUUCUAGACGUCUGUUAUUUUUGUAUCUGCUGCCUGUGUAAAAAUCCCCUUUAGUGCUCAGUUUCAUGCUGGAUGUUGAAAGCCAAAUAUUCUACUUUGAAAAUGUGACAAAUAAAUAUGCUGGCUGUAUUGCUUUUGAAGAGUUUUAUGUUUUUAUAUUGGACUUAAUUUAUUUUCCAACUGAAAUAAAGCCUCGUUUACAACA